AUGGAUUUGUUAUUAUUAUUUUGGUUGGUGAAUAAGAGCUUUGCGUUGCAGGUCGAUUUUUUUAUAUUAUUUUUGCUUUGUAGUGGGAUGUUUUUUUUUUUUUUUUUUUUUCCGUGGGAGGAUGGCUUUGUGUUGGCUGUUGGAAUGAAGUUUUUUUUUUUCUGCUUUUUAUUCUAUUUGCACUUUUUUUUGUUGUCUCUGUCUGUCUGUGUGUCUCUCUCUCUCUCUCUGUGUGUGUGGGGGGGUUAUGUUUGGGAUGACGGCGGAAGGAUGGGGUUGAAUUAUACGAGUAAGGCUCAUCAGGCCGAACAGGAGGCGUCGAAGACUCCUGAAAGAGGAGAAGUGAGUGCGGGAUUUCCACUGGGCAAUGUCUUUGCGUUGCAGGAACCGAAGCACGCCCUGGCUGGUUUAUCCGGUGCCGCGCAGAAUCUUGUCGUUGGCGUGGGCGUUGGCCUUGGAAGCCUGUUGGCACUUCCGGUCGUGAAUGGGCAUAGGGACGGAGCGAAGGGGGUUGCUAAGGGUGUCGCCAUGGGUGUUGCUGCUUUGGUUGGCAUGACAACCUAUGGCGUGGCGACAGGGGCGAGGCAGUUUGCGAAGGGUGUGUACAACACAAAAGAAGCGGUUGUAGAGGCGGCAAGGGGCGAGCGUUACUGGGACAGUCAGCAGGGCCGUUGGGUGGACGUGCAUCUCGAUUCUGCCUUUGCCGAGCUGCCGGCGGGCGAUGAGGACCUUUUCACGCAGGCACGCGAGGCGUUUGGGAAGAUGUUCACGGGGAUAUCUUCCAAUACAACCCAUGCCAGUGAGGGAGCGGCAGCGGCGCCCUUGAAGGACUAUUAUGCCAUCAUGGGCGUUCAAGGACGGCGACAGCGGC